CUGAGAAUCCAGCACUGGCCCGCCUGUGAAUGAAAUCCAUUGGUUGAAAUUAUCCAACUAAUGGUCUUAUGGGCGGGGCCUAUCUCCCUUAGCGGUUACAAAAUAAGAGGCCCUUUUUCUGCCGUUCCACAGCGGUUGAAGAGCCUCCAGCUCCGGCUAAACUCACAGCUGCAGCGCGGUUUGCUAUCUGCGGUUACCAUGGAGACCACUAGGAGGCGCGCGCAGCAGACGUCCAAUGGGAAAGCCUCUGAGCACGCGCAGCAGUCAGCACAGUGGGGCAGAGCAUGGGAGGUGGACUGGUUCUCUCUCAUCAGCGUGGUGGCUCUCCUCAUCUUUGCUCCCUUCAUCGUCUUUUACUUCGUGAUGGCCUGUGACCAGUUCCAGUGCUCCGUCAGCGAGCCUUUGCUGCAGCUUUAUUACGGGGACGUGACGCUUCUCUCCAUCUGGGCCCGGGCCCCCUCCUUCUCCUGGUCGGCGGCUAAGAUAUACGCCGUUUGGGUGGGCUUCCAGGUCUUCCUCUACCUGUGUGUCCCUGAUGUCACCCACAAGUUUAUUCCAGGGUAUGUUGGGGGGGUGCAGGAUGGAGCACGAACUCCUGCAGGUCUCAUUAACAAGUAUGAGAUCAACGGGCUGCAGUGCUGGCUGAUCACGCAUGCCCUGUGGUUCGCCAACGCCCGGUACUUCCACUGGUUUUCUCCCACCAUCAUCUUCGAUAACUGGAUCCCGCUGAUGUGGUGCGCCAAUUUGCUCGGCUACGCCGUGUCCACGUUUGCCUUCGUCAAGGCCUACAUCUUCCCCACCAACCCCGAGGACUGCAAGUUCACAGGAAAUGUCUUCUACAACUACAUGAUGGGCAUCGAGUUUAACCCGCGCAUCGGCAAGUGGUUCGACUUCAAGCUUUUCUUCAACGGGCGACCCGGUAUUGUGGCCUGGACUCUAAUCAAUCUGUCCUACAUGUCCAAGCAGCAAGAGUUGUAUGGAACCGUCACCAACUCCAUGAUUCUGGUCAACAUCCUGCAGGGGAUUUACGUGCUGGAUUUCUUCUGGAAUGAGGCGUGGUACCUGAAGACCAUCGACAUCUGCCACGACCACUUCGGAUGGUAUCUGGGAUGGGGGGACUGCGUGUGGCUGCCAUACCUGUACACGCUGCAGGGCCUGUACCUGGUUUACCACCCCGUCCAGCUCUCCGACGCCUCCGCCCUCGCAGUCCUGCUGCUCGGCCUCCUGGGAUAUUACAUAUUCCGCUCCACCAACCACCAGAAGGAUCUCUUCCGUCGCCACGAUGGCUCCUGCACAAUUUGGGGCCGCAAGCCGUCUUUCAUCGAAUGCUCGUACCGCUCCGCCGAUGGCGGCUUGCACCGAAGCAAACUGCUGACGUCAGGCUUCUGGGGCGUGGCCCGCCACUUCAACUACACCGGGGACCUCAUGGGCUCUCUAGCCUACUGCGCCGCCUGCGGAUUAGGCCACAUACUUCCUUACUUCUACAUCGUGUACAUGACCAUCCUGCUGGUCCACCGCUGUGUGCGUGACGAGCACCGCUGCAGCAGCAAGUACGGGAAGGACUGGAAGCGCUACACAGACGCAGUUCCUUACCGACUGAUUCCUGGAGUGUUUUAGAGAAAGAGGAUGAACCAGUAUUUAGUCUCCACCGGUUGCCUUUAAGAAGGGGUGCUUUAGACCUAUGCAAACACAAACACAUGCAAACACAAUGCAAGAAAUAACCCCAGUUCGCUUUACCAAACAUUUUACUUGAGUACAUCUCAUGUGUUUAAAUAAACAGAUCCAGAGGACCCUGUGGUCAAACUACAUGACCAGAAGGCCCCUUCUUCUACCUCUUCCUAAUACAUUCGUCAUGUAUUAAAAGAUACGUUCAUCAGAAACCCGUUCAGAAAUCUCAGUUGGUACCUGAUGGGACGACUGUCCAGAACCGCUUGGACCAAAGCUCAUGAAGCAAAGCAGAACUGAUCUGAAUUCUCUUGGAUCCACUCCGCUUCCUUCCGUCAGACUGCAGAGGACGAACGGCCAGCUUCUGUCAGUGUGGAACAUUUGACAUCUUUGCUGUGUUUGUGAGCAGUUGGAACUUUUUAGAUUUACUGUAGAAUUUGUAAAACAAAAUCUUCAAAUGUUUGUAUAAUUAACCCAAAAGCAGACCCUGAAAGCAUAAAAGCGCCUUUAUACACUUUAUGGAUGUGUCUUUUUUUUCUGUUCAAUGCAAUAGAACUUCUGUCAUGAUGGGAAACUAAUCCCAUUAGAAUCAGCCAGAAAGUUCUAAAUAUAAUUGAGGCUCCAAAACUGCUCAACAAUGACGACACAGCAAAUUUGACAUGUAAACUGUAUGUAUGAAUGGAGACGUCUGCUAAGCUAAACGUGGUGUGUACACAUUUAAGGUGGUAUUAAAAGUUCUCUUACAAUAAACUUUCUCAUUUAAUGUGAA